UAAAAAAGCCUUAGUCUUCCUGUAGCUUCCCUUAUUGACUGCACAUAUUCCAGCCGAACCAGCUUAUCGGCUUAAUGGCAGUGGUAAGUCCCUCGACUGAGUGGAGCACUGGUCUCUUUGACUGUUGUGAGGACGUUAGCACUGGUUGCUAUGGUUUCUGGUGCUGCCCUUGCCUCGCCUGCGCCGUUUCAAGAAGAUUUGGAGAAAACGUUUGCCUCCCACUGUGCGACAUAAUCAGCCCUGCUAUAAUCACAGCCUGUGGGAUUCCUGGGUUUGCUCCUCCUGCCACCAUCGGUCUCCGAGCUGCCAUUCGGAACAGAUACAACAUCAAGGGUUCUGUGUGUAAGGACAUCACAGCUGCCUGUUUCUGUGUGUGGUGCUCCUGGUGUCAGAUGCACCGCGAGUUAAAAUAUCGCAUAGAAAACAGCACUGCUGUGGUCAACAUGCAGCCAGCUCCAGUGAAAGAUGCUCUCGCAGACCCACCUCCUGAUGGCCAUGUAGCCUCAUCGGGGGUCAUACUUGCUUCAUUCUAAGAUUUCUAACAUAAUCUCAUUAUCUAAUACAAUAAUCUUUAUAGGGCCAAACUGAAUAAUAAUAAUAAAAAAGAUCUUUUGAGAAUAAAGUUGUAAUAUUAUGAGAAUAAAGUCGUAAUCUUUUGAGAAUAAAGCCGUAAUCUUUUGAGAAUAAAGUUGUAAUAUUAUGAGAAUGAAGUCGUAAUCUUUUGAGAAUAAAGUCGUAAUCUUUUGAGAAUAAAGUUGUAAUAUUAUGAGAAUAAAGUCGUAAUCUUUUGAGAAUAAAGCCGUAAUCUUUUGAAAAUAAAGUUGUAAUAUUAUGAGAAUAAAGUCGUAAUCUUUUGAGAAUAAAGUCGUAAUCUUUCGAGAAUAAAAUUGUAAAAUUAUAAGAAUAAAGUCUUAAUAUUUUGAGAAUAAAGUCAUAAUCUUUUUAUAAUAAAGUCAUAAUCCUUCAAGGAUAUAGUCGUAAUCUUUUGAGAAUAAAGUCGUUAAAAAGUCUGAUUAUGGUUUCUGGUAAUAAAGGUUGAAAAUAAGGAGAAGAUACUGAAUAAAUCAUAUUGUCACCGUUCUUAAACACUAAAAUGCAUGUGAAUAGUUCUAGAUCAGUUACUAGCUCAUGUAUUUAGAUCAGGAAUUCCUAAAUCCUCCUCCCAUAAUAAGGCAAGAGAGGACAGCUGUGAUCUUUCUCUUUUUUGCUUUAUUGGAGUGAGACGUGAGACUACGUUAUUUUGUUUGUUUUAUUUAUUUGAAGUCAACCACAGAGAACAUUUGUUUUGAGCAAUAAAUCACCCUUUCUUUUAA